CUACUAGUUCUGCAUUUCCGCUUCCGGAGCAGCAGCAGCUGAUGACUCCUGUAAGCCCCGCCAUGCCCACGCCAUUUGCAUCACCGGCGUCCCCACGGAAACUGAGCAUGCGUCACAUUCCACUCAUCUACAACACUAUCAACGGCCGCAUGAGCUGCCGGAUGUGCCAGGCGCGCUGCGACGAGUUCAGGGACCAGCAGGACGUCCCGUUCGACAAGCGCCCGAAGCCGUACAUCCUCAGCGCCGCGACGGCCACUUGGGACGAGAUGGCGGGCCACUGCGAGCGCGUGCAUCCAAAAGCGUACGAGGGCCUCAUCAACAUGACGCCAGACCAGAUGCGCGUCAAGGAGCAGCAGUUCGGCCUGUGCGGCCGCGCCAGCAGAAAAUAGUGCACACUUCGUUGUCUUAACUUAUCAUCUUGACUUUCCUUUGUGUUCGGUUCCCUUGCUUUGUCCGUCUCGUCGUUAUCGCUAUCGCUGUGCUCAUCCCCC